UUUGCCGAGUUUCGCUGUCCCCCACUUUGCCGGUGCACACCCGAGGGUACAGGUGACUGCAUAGAGAAAGAUCUUUCGGAGUUAACUUCCACCAUCCCGCAUAGAGCUACUGAGAUCCGCCUAGAACAGAACGAGAUAACCGAGGUCGGCGCCGGCGCGUUUUCGGCAGUGAAGCGAAUCGCGCGCAUCGACCUGAGCAACAACAAGAUCACGAAGUUAGCUGCGGAUGCGUUCACUGGACUAACUCAUCUAACUUCAUUGGUUUUAUAUGGAAAUAAAAUCAAAGAGUUGCCUACAGGAAUUUUCCAUGGACUUUCUUCAUUACAGUUGUUAUUAUUGAACUCGAACGAAAUAACCUGCGUACGAAAAGACACCUUCCGAGAUUUGCAGAACUUGAAAUUAUUAUCCCUUUACGAUAAUAACAUCAGGUCACUUCCAAACGGCACUUUCGCCGCGUUAACCGGCAUACAGACUUUGCACUUAGGUCGCAAUCCGUUCGCCUGCGACUGUUCCCUACGCUGGCUCGCCGCAUACCUCCGCAAAAACCCCAGCCUUGAGACUUCGGGGGCCAAAUGCGACUCUCCGAAGAGGAUGGCUCGAAAACGAAUAGAUGCUUUGAGGGAGGACAACUUUAAAUGCAAACCCGGUGAAGAGUCAGCCAACGCGUGCGCCGACGCCGCGGCGUGCCCGGCCGCGUGCUCGUGCGAGUACGCGGCGCGCGCCGUCAGCGUGGCGUGCGCACGCCAGGGACUUGUUGAAGUGCCGAGGGAUCUGCCACUUAACACUGAUGCUUUGUAAGUAU